AUGUUCAGGACUAACGCUCUCUUUGGCAAUGACAUCAGCAGCUACGCCGAUUCCAUCCAGUCCAAUGGUGACUCCACUGUGGAUGAAGUGUCGUCACAGAUGUCAAAUCCGUCGAGGCCCAGCGCAAAGUCAAUUUACUUGCAAAGGAAGAAGUAUGCAGAAUCAGUUAACAAGAUGAUGAACAAAUUUCAGUACAGAGUGGAGCACUUGUUCACUUGUGACCUGGAUGGGAGGGAGUUGAGAAGUGUGGCAGACUGUGUGGAGCGGCUGAAGCUGCUGGACGGGACAGGUCGUGUGUGGGGUCAGAGCAUGCUGCUGGAGGUGCAAGGUCCCAAACUGCUGCUGACAGACUUUGAAACCAAGGAGGAGCUGGAGUCCAUAGCUCUCAGUGACAUCCUGGCGCUAAAGGCUGUGUUGGACUCUGGAGUGUUUAACUCCCUGCUCACAGUGUCAGUCAAGGCCAGGAGAAAACACACUACCACCGUCUUCAUGUUUCAGUGCGAGGACAUCAGGGCUGACUUUGUUCAAAGAGAUCUCUCACGAGCAAUGUCAUACAAGGGAGAGAAUCCUGCAAAAUCACCUGAGCGUAAAUGGAUGAAUCCUGACUAUGGGGACGACAUCUCUGAGCCUGAGCUGCAGGUACCUGAGGAAGAUGAGGAGGACCCUUUCAGAGACGAAACUCUGUCUACUCCACGGUCACAGGCAGAGCUGGAAAGGAAUACAGAUAUCCUUAAUGAUAUCAUAAGUGACAUAGAAAUCUUCGUAGGGCAGAUAAGUGAGGUAGAGGCUAAAAAUGCAAACCAAAAGAAGAAAAAGAAAAAAGGAAAAGCAAUGGCCAACAUGCCCCAUGCAGCAGAAUUUGCAUCAUGUCUUCAUAAAUACAAACGUGCUUUCAACCUUCUGGGAGAGCUCAAUGGAAGCAUUCAUAACCCCAGUGCUCCUGCAAUUGUUCACUCCUUAUUCUCCACAUUAGCACUCGUGGUUUCUUACUGCCCUAAGGAUCUGCCACCAACCAUAGUAGAGCCGCUGCUGACGCCUCAGUGUAUCCGUCUGAUGAGCGAGGAGGUCGAUGUUGAGGAAGACCAGCUGUGGCGGUCUCUGGGGGACGCCUGGAUCAUCCCCAGCACUAAAUGGCCAAAAGAUGAUGAGGACAUCUCGACACACACUCUGGAGUUUGUCGAUGGCUGGCAGUCCUCCGAGGUGUCUGCAGUACCUGAAGCCAGAGAACCAGAAAGCAGACAGGAGAGUCCAGAACCUGCACCCAGCCAGACUUUAGUCAAGUGGAGAGUGCCACAUCCCUCGCAAAAAGCAAGCUCAGACGAGCCAAAGCUGCAGCGCAUGCGUGUUAAGUAUGACUUUGUUUCAAGAAACAGCAGAGAGCUCACCGUCAGAAAAGGAGAGAUAGUUGAGCUGCUGGACGUGUCGAAGCAGUGGUGGAAAGUGAGGGACAGCACAGGGGAGGAGGGCUUUGUGCCCAACAAUGUCCUGGAGGCUGAUGACAAGCAGCCUAUCGAGCUGACUGCAGGCUCUCCUGUGCUGAAAAAGAUGUCCAAGUCUGCAGAAGUGAAAGCCUGGCUCGAAGACAAGGGCUUCAGUAAAAUCACUGUACGCUGUCUGGGUGGACUGAGCGGCUCCAUGCUCCUGGGGAUGACCAGAGAGGAACUGAAGACAGUGUGUCCUGAGGAAGGGGGCCGAGUCUUCUUCCAGCUGCAAGCGGUCAAGUCUGCGUUGGCUGUAAGCUGCCAGUUGAAUGGGACCAAUAAUGAAGAAGAGAACAUCAAAGAAGAUGAAAUCAUCAUGGACCGAAACAUGUCACCAGUGGUCAAAUACUGCAAGCUCUGA